GAUAAUGGGGAUGUCAAGAAAUAACGUUAGGGAUUGUGAUUUACAAAUAUGAAUAUCUUCUACAGCGGUAUUGAACUAUGUGUAGAUGGAUUUUAAAUAUGGGGUGUGUGAUAACGAAACGUAAGAACAAAGAAGAUUAUGAACCUAGAUGUUUACCUGAAGUCAGUAUACAUACAGGUACAAACAUCAGCGGAAAGUUGAAAUAUGAAUAUGAUGAAGGAUUGGAUUUGGACUUGGAGACCGGAGAGAAUGAACGUCAGAAAAUAAAGAUUGUUUUUGUGUUUGGUGGCCCAGGGUCUCGUAAAGGCCGUGUAGUGAACGACUUGGCUCAAGGGUAUGGCUUUCAUGUUAUCAGUGCAGAAAAACUCAUCUUGACACACCUUCCUGAGAAACUAGGAGAGGAUGAAGAGAUUGCAGAGACUUUAGAUUCAACUAAAGAGCUGGAACAGUUGCUGCAGAGAAAACCAGGUCUACUGACCCUCCAGUGGGUGCUUGAAAUGAUUGAUAAAGAGCUUCGACAAGCUCAACUCAAUGGCCAUGAAUACUAUCUGAUAGAUGUUGUACCUAACCUUAGAGCUAUGUUGCAGGUUCGGACAUUUAUUAAGGAUUGUGAACAAGAAAUGGAAGAUUUUGAAAAAGAAUGGCCUUGUCUAUUUGCAUUAAACCUAGCUGUUCCAGAAAAAAAAGUUGUUGAAAAUGUAGCCUCUGCUGUGGCAAAAUCUCCUGAUCAUCUUCAGAAAAGAGGAUUAAGUGAUGAAAAGGAUGUUAUGAAAACAAAGCGUCGUUAUGAUGAAUACAGCUAUAGUGUGAAGGAUUUUCUGAAAUAUUUCAACACCACUGACAGAUUAGUCACUGUUGAUGUGUCUUGUGGUAUAGCUGACUUGAUUUGGUCCAAAGUUUCUGAGUUUUUCUUUUCUGUUGGCUUUAUACCUAAGAUGGCCAUCAACACAGUGAUUGUGUUUGCAUUCAAAGAAGAAGACCUGGCAGCUCUUGAUUUAAGGAAGUACAGGAUGGAACUGAUUACUGCUAACUGUCUUAUUGAAAAUGAUGAUGUGGAUAUAGAGGAAAUUUUCAUUGCCAUUAAUGAACAAAUUGAGAAGUCUAAAGUAACAGUUGAAUCAUUUGCCGUAGAUUUACAAGAUUCUCGAAUUUUUGAACAGUUACUGAAUCGGGAAGGAAGGCAAAUCUUAUUUUUGGAUCAAGCUGAAAACCACUUACAUCAUUAUAUAUACGUUGGAGCCACCAAAACAGAUCGAAGCAAAAGCUUAUUCAACCUGCCUUUCAAAGCUGUAUGCAGCACAGAGAAUGAAAUUUGUCUAUUUCCUGAAGAACUUGACAUAGGGUUUUGUAAGCAGGUGGCACUUUUGUAUGCUGAAACUAAAAUAAAAAUAAAAAAUAGAAAAAGUUUCUCUGAAGAAAACAAAUGGUUAUGAUAACCUAAUGCGAAUGACAAAAUAUUGUGUUUGCAAUGUCUCAGGCUUGGAAAUAGAUAUUUUUAUUAGGUUUUGUUCAGACAGUGUCAGAUAAGCUUUGUUUUGUUGAUCAUUUUCAAAUUUAUCAGGUCUUUUUGCUCAAACUGCCAUACAUAUCUAUGUGUAAUAUUUCUCACAUUUUAAUUUCUAUGGAAAAUAAAGUUAGUGGACUGUAGUUGCAAAAUUUAAACCUCUAAAGAUAAAAAAACUCCAACAUUAUUUUAUUAUUCUUAUGGGAAUUGAUGUUUUUGAGUAAUGUGAAGCAUUUUUCUUUUAAAGAAUAAUUCAAAAGUUUGCAAGUGUUCUGUAGAUAUCAAUCAGUGAGAUCUUUUAUAAUAAAAAUAUCUUAAUGAGAAAUAAAUAUAAUGCAAAAUAAUUAAUGUUAAGAAGUCAAAUGUGUUAAGCCUUAUUUGUGGUCGCAGUGUUAUGCCUGCAUUGUUUUCUUGAUAUAUGGAUAAAAAAAGCCCCUCUUUCAAGAAGAAUGCAGCAAUAAGAAUAUGACCAGGAUCAUAGAUUUUCUGGAGAACUUCAUGACAACCCUUCUUCUAUGUUAGGAUAUCAUUGAAAUGUCUUGUACAAUGAAAUAUCCUUUUCUCAUACUUGCAGAUAUUAUGUAGUAACGUAAAGAUAAACAGCUUUCUAACUAGUGAAAAAGAGAAUAAUUAAUUUUGCAUCCUUAAGUUUUUUGUUAUUCACCAGAACUAAGUUGCAAUUAAUCUUUGGAAAUUGUUAUAAAAACAAGCUAAUUGCAUGUUUUCUUUUUUAUUGU